AUGGAAGCUGAUGAAUGGAAACUUGCGAAAGAUGAAGCUCUUGAAGAUGAUUACGAUGAAGAAACGACGACAACUACAGAAGCGACGACGACAACCGAAGAUCCAUUCGGUGUUCAAUUAUCGCCGAUCUCGUGCAAAGACGGCAUCAUCAACUCACUUGAGGAUCUUUUGAAUUAUGUCGCUUCCGGCUGGAAAUACCAUGUUUCCAAUACGGAUGGUGUCCGGCAAGCAUGGCUAAAACUUGAUAAUGCGACCACAAGAAUUUGCUCUCAUAUGACAGAUGCUCAUCUCUCCGAAAUUAUUAUCGAGCCAUCACAUAACUCAAACGAUUUGGCUCACAAAUUUCUUAUCUGA